CUUUACAGCUUCUUGAUGAAGCUCAACAAUGAGAGUGUCACGAUUGAGCUCAAGAACGGCACGGUAGUUCACGGCACAGUCACAGGUGUCGAUCCCCAGAUGAACACGCACCUCAAGACGGUCAAGAUGACAGUCAAAGGUCGCGAUGCCAUUUCUCUCGACACGCUUUCUAUCCGCGGUAACAACACCCGCUACUGGAUCUUGCCCGACUCUCUGCCCUUGGAUGUGCUCUUGGUCGACGAUGCCCCCAAGCCUAAAGGUGGCAGAAAGCCCGGCGCUGGACGGGGAGCUGCGGAUAGGGGUAGAGGUAGAGGAGGACCUCGCGGGAGAGGAAGAGGGCGCGGAAGAGGCUUCUAA